UAACAGUGGAGGAACAAGUUUUCGUUGACUUUCUUGCAUGUAAACGUAAAGUCCGCCACCAGAGGGCGCGUGGCGUUUGUCGCGCUUCACAUGAAAACAGGAAGUUGAGUUCAUCAGGCGCUGUUGUUGUCAACGACGCCAGUAUCGUUUGUGAGGAUCGACCGCUAAUCGUACAGAUAUUUUGACCUCAAGAUAUGAACAGAUAACUAUUACACGUGAUUUUUCACGGUUAUCACAGAUUUUAGCCCCAAAGGGUUUAACAUUGAAAACACCUCUAACGGGGUCAGUUACACGUGCUCUUACAUGCAGCUCAUCGUUGGCGUUUUACAAGUUCAAACAUGGACAUCACAGAGGAAAACACUAAACAGGGAUCAUUACCGCUGAAUUCCAGAGUGGAUCAUCACUGGGUGGAGAAACUCUUCCCUCCUCAUUUCACUUUAGAAAACCUGCUGGAGAACCAGAUCAACACAAGUGAAAAACAUUUCACAGGCAUGGAAGAACCCCAGAGGGGCCAUCAAAGGCAAAUCUACCUAACUGCUCUGAAAGAGGUGCAGCACAUUGAGAAGCUGCAAAAGAAAAAGGCCCUAACAAACCGAAUCAUUAGACAGAAGUGGUCCGUAAACAGAAUGUGUAGUGAAGAAGCAACCCAUGAGAACCUUACAGACCAGAGCGUGGGUGAGAAAGACACAAGCAUUUGGAAUGAAAGGGACAUCGGCAAACUACGGGCUGGUUUUGCAGAGAUGGCGCAAGACCGAUGUCAACUAAUUCACAGGCUCAGCUCUGCAGAGGAACAGUUAAAAGCAGAACGUGAAGAGAAGAGAAAGCUGCAGGGGCUGGUGGAGAAACUGGAGGAACGGUUAAGCCUCUCCAGCAAAAAGGCUGCACGUCAGUCCCUCGUGAUAAAUGAUCUAAAGACAGAGGGGCAAAAAAUGAACACGCAGUUGCACAAGCUUGCAAUACAGGUCAGGGAAAAGGAAGAACAGGCACACAGUUGUAAAACAAAUCUGAGGAAAGCAAAAGAAGACUUGCGGAAGAGAGAACAGGAGCGCUUCAAUCUUACAAGGGAACUGGAUAGGGUACAAGCGCAACAGAGGACUGAAAGAGACAAACUGGAGAAAGUGGCUGAGAUUGAAAAUGAAGCUGCUCUUCUGAAGCUUCAGAGAGAGCUGGAGCGGGUGCAGACUGAACUGUGUGCUGAGAGGGACAGUCAUGCCCGCAGCCGUGAAGCUCUCAAUCUCUUACGCAAACACUUCAGUAGCCAAUGAUUAAAGUUGCAGAAUUACAGAAUUACAUUACAAAAUUGCAAAAAAUUCAAGUGUCGGAACAAAAGAUGCAUUCGAUCUAAAAGCGAAUGCUCACCCAGACCUGCCUGAAACGCCUCGUGUAACCACACCCCCACAAAUCUACGUCAGUUCGUGGUAUGAUUUGACUAUGACCGCCCAAGUGUAUACGCAAGUAAGGUGGGCGUACCUGUCAGGCUGUCAGUACAAUUGCUUUGGAACCUGAUGUUCCAAAUAUGGUAAGAAGCGUCACAUUUCCGUCACAUGCUUGAAGUAUUCGACCAAUCACUACACACUGGUUAACUGGCCAAUCAUAGCACACCUCGCUAAUCAGCGCGUUUCAGAGAGGCGGGGCAAAGAGGAGAUACAAACAUGCAUGGUAUGUGGAAAAUACAGCGUUUUGUAUACACAUUGCAUUACAUCUAAAACAAAUGAUAAUAUUCGUUUUAGCCGUGUCAUAUGACCCCUUUAAUGCUAGCUCUGUGUCCCGAGUCGACUACUUGCAUACUAUCCAAAGAGGCCCAUAAGAGCCACCAAAUUCAGCAUGGUAAUACAUUUGAAAUACGAGAACAGCUCUUGCAAAGUGGAAUUGAUAUAGGUACAAAAAAUAAUUUUGAAAAGAAAAUUGUUCAUUUAAAAGAGUAACUCAUUUUCGCAGCUGUUAAUAGUAUGUCAUAGGUGAAUGACAAUGAAAACACAGCGGAAGUCCAGAAUGUGUGCGUACUGCACUCAUGCAUAUUAUAGAUGGUUUCAUCUGAAGCAUAAGCCUGGCCCAAAGUUAACUUCCGGUCUGUUUGGAUAUAAAAGAACAAUUUAAUAUAUAUUAAUAUUUUAUUGUAUUAAAUUAAAACUACUCAACAGUUAUU